GCGGUGAGCGCUCCGCUCUCCCGGCUGCUGCUCCCGCCGCUCCGGCUCUCCCGCCGCUCCUCUCUGCGGCUGCCGCGCGCCUCGCCCCGGGCGGCCCAGCGCGCUCCUCCCCGGACGCCGAGAUGAAGGUGCUGGGACACAGGCUCCAACUGCUGACAGGGCUUCUGCUCCACGACAUGACCAUGGCCGGGCUGCAGGAGCUGCGAUUCCCUGAGGAGAAGCCCCUGCUCCGGGGCCAGGAUGUGACAGAGCUGGACAACCCCGACACAAUCCUCUCAGUUGUGGACACGGACUGGAAGGAACAUGACAUCGAGACGCCUUAUGGCCUUCUGCAUGUGGUAAUCCGGGGCUCUCCCAAAGGGAACCGCCCAGCCAUCCUCACCUACCAUGAUGUGGGCCUCAAUCACAAGCUGUGCUUCAACACCUUCUUCAACUUUGAGGACAUGCAGGAGAUCACCAAACACUUUGUGGUGUGCCAUGUGGAUGCCCCUGGGCAGCAGGUGGGGGCGUCACAGUUCCCUCAGGGGUACCAGUUCCCUUCCAUGGAGCAGCUGGCUGCCAUGCUCCCAAGUGUGGUACAGCAUUUUGGGUUCAAGUACGUGAUCGGCAUUGGAGUGGGAGCCGGAGCCUAUGUGCUGGCCAAGUUUGCGCUCAUUUUCCCUGACUUGGUGGAGGGGCUGGUGUUGAUGAACAUUGACCCCAACGGCAAGGGCUGGAUCGACUGGGCCGCCACCAAGCUCUCUGGCUUGACCAGCACUUUACCAGACACGGUACUCUCCCAUCUCUUCAGCCAGGAGGAGCUGGUGAGCAAUACAGAGCUUGUGCAGAGCUACCGGCAGCAGAUCUCGAACGUGGUGAACCAGGCCAACCUGCAGCUCUUCUGGAACAUGUACAACAGCCGCAGAGACCUUGACAUUAACCGGCCUGGGACCGUGCCCAAUGCCAAGACGCUCCGUUGCCCCGUGAUGCUGGUAGUCGGAGAUAAUGCACCUGCUGAGGACGGGGUGGUUGAGUGCAACUCCAAACUGGACCCAACCACCACAACCUUCCUGAAGAUGGCAGAUUCUGGUGGCCUUCCUCAGGUGACGCAGCCAGGGAAGCUGACUGAGGCCUUCAAAUACUUCCUGCAAGGCAUGGGCUACACCGAUCUUCACCGUGUUCUGUGUCUCCCCUCCCCUCGCCCUCUCUGGCUGUCUUCUCUCUUAGUUGCACACUUGAAGGACCGAAGGCUGAGUGGAGGAGCAGUGCCCUCAGCCAGCAUGACCCGCCUUGCGCGCUCACGCACGGCCUCCCUCACCAGCGCCAGUUCUGUGGAUGGCAGCCGCCCGCAGCCCUGCACCCACUCAGAGAGCAAUGAGGGGAUGGGCCAGGUCAACCACACCAUGGAGGUAUCCUGCUGAAGCCCUCGUCCUGCCCAAGACGCCUGCUUACCUGUCCCCAGGUCCCACUGCCGUCUCCGCACUGGCUCAUCUUCCGUUUAGUUUAUUUUUGUGAGAGUGAAGUGGAGGAAAUGGGGUUACUUCUCUUUUAUUUAAAAAUUGAAGGGAUCCACCUUAGUACAGCAGAAAAGUCUUGGGUGGUGUGAGGGGCUCGCCUCAUCUACUCCCAUUUCAUUCAACAUGUUCACUAGUUGAUAUGGCUCCUCUCAUCUGCUCACCGUGGCCCUGGGGUGGGGCCAGAAUAUAGGAUACAGUAUUGAAGAAGGAAUAUGGCCCACCCCCCUGGGCCUGGCAGAUGUGAAGACGCGUGGGGUUUGAAGAUGGUGGGUGCUGUGCUUAGGCUCUGAUGUGAGAGGGAGUCAGACCAAUGGAGAGCCCUGAACCUCAAGGGGUCCACUUCCUUUUAACCUUUGCACCAAGCACACCUGUUCUGAUAGUAGAGGUCACAGUCGUAAGGAUGGAAACCACGAGAAGGCGCUCUAAGCAGCCAGACGUUUUCCUGGUGCUCUGUGGGCAGGACAGGUGCUGUAAGGCUAGCCAGGCAGAGCUAUGGAGACAGCAUAUGGAGAACUCUGAGGGCAGGAACCCCCAUACUCUACCACCCCAGGCCCAGGUCCCACCCUGAAGCAAAGGUCACGUGGUCUCCUGCCCCUGGUGGCAGAGGGAAAAGGUUAAGGUUGCUGUGUGUAGCCCCUGAGAACUUCAUGAUCCCUUUGGCAGUUGGAAGGUGCUUGAGUCCUGCAGACCCCUCUUGUCCCAGAUUCCACCCAGAGUGUUCGUGACAGUGGCCUGGUCAGCUUGGGCCAGUGUGACACAGACAUCACUGGAGAAGUGAGCUUGUUUGAGAGGUCUGGUCCAAGACAGAAAGACACCGUGCAAGGACUUCUGCCUGCUGGAGGGGCUGGAGCUUGCUUGGUCCUGGGGUGGGAGAUGGGUGGCGGGUCCUUGAUGUGAACAAAGGUGGUGUAGUGGCCAAAGGCUCUUGAUGCACCCUAGCCCUCUGGAGCACACCGCUAAGCUGUCUUCCCGCCCAUCAUCUCACCAGGUAGACUCGCAGCCCAGAAACCAGAGCUACUGUUUCAGCCUGGUCACUGGUUUCACACGCUGUCACCCCCAAACGGGGAAUAAAGCACUUAAAAAAAAAAAGAGAAGAGCUGUGUGUGUAUGGGGGAGGGUGUUACGGUGCGGGUGUUCUGCACUGAGGACACCUACACCCCUGUAUCUGUGCCACCCCCUUCUGUAACUGUAAGCCAUUUCUAAGACUGCUCAGUCCGGUGGAGUGUAUUCUGUCCCCAGUUCUGUUCACUCACGUGCUUCCGUGAAUACUGAAUGUGACUGUUUAAAGCUGGUAGAAUUAAUCCCUCACUGUAGAUAGCACUUCGAGUAUUGGACAUCUUUUUGCUGUGUUCUCAGAUAUCUAUAAAUACCUAUAAUUAUAUAUAUAUAUAUGUGUAUAUCAGGUCCUCCUGUGUGUGGUUUCCCUAUUGGUGGUUGUCUCCUCUUGGUCAAGGGGAACUUUCGAUGGAGUUCACUACUUUCCUCUCUGUACAAAAUUAAGAGCCUAAUUUUGUGUAUUCCAGUGGCUGAUAAAAGAGAUUUUGAGACGACAAAAUGUAAAACACAAACCCUUGUUGAUGUAGAAAGUUAACUGUGCAGAAAAACUAAUAAAGAACUUAAGACUAAA